AUGUCAGAGCCUCGCUUUCGCCCCUCGACGCACCAGCAGCAGUCGAGUGAUAAUAAGAGCCCGGCCAAUGAGAGGAUCACGCCAGAGAUGGCUGUCAAACAGCCCGCAAAAGCAAUCCGAAAGCUGCUUCACUGGGAUGAACUACCAGCCUGGUUACGAGACAAUCGCCAUAUCCACACCGGGUAUCGACCAGCAUCUGCCUCAUUUCUCGUAUCGUUUCAGUCGUUGUCGUAUGUCCAUAACGAGACUGUGAAUAUCUACACUCACCUGCUGCCGUCAUUGGUGGCUUUACCAGCGGGUGUCCGCCUGUAUCAGAUCCUAGCUCCCCGCUACCAAUCAGCAUCUCCGGCUGAUAUCUCCGUAUUCGUGUGUUUCUUUGUCGGCGCGGCAUUCUGUCUGGGAAUGUCUGCGACCUAUCACACCAUUUCAAACCAUUCACCCGCUGUGGCUCGCGUUGGCAAUGCUCUAGACUACGUUGGCAUUGUCGGCCUCAUUACUGGUAGUUUCAUCCCCAGUGUCUAUUAUGGCUUCUACUGCGCACCCAACCUGCAGUUGAUUUACUGGGCUAUGAUCAGUGCAAUAGGCCUGGGGUGCAUUUUUGUUUGCCUGAUGCCUCAAUUUCGGACCCCAGAAUGGCGACCCUUUCGAGCUCUCAUGUUUGUGUCCAUGGGAUUGUCUGCUGUAUUCCCGGUCGUUCACGGCUUAUGGUUGUACGGUGCGAAGCAGAUGACACCUCAGAUUGGCCUCGAUUGGCUGCUUCUUCAGGGUUUUCUCUACAUUCUUGGUGCCACCAUCUACGCAGCUCGCGUGCCAGAGCGACUGCUACCGGGCCGAUUCGAUAUCGUAGGGAGCUCUCAUCAAAUAUUCCAUGUUCUCGUAGUGUGUGCUGCAAUUUCGCAUCUGACAGGUCUUCUGUGUGCGUUUGACUACCGACACAGUGGCGUGGCCGAUGCCUGUCACUAA